UGCCAACUUUAUGCCCAAAUCUGCGCCUUAUGCUUUGUUAAAAAAAAGGCCCGGAUGUGUAUCUGGAUGGACGUUUUCGCGACGAAGGAGACGACACGGACACGUAUUAUGUCAGUUUUGGCGGAAUGCCACGUGUCGAAGUUUUGAUAAACAGUGAGCUCAGCCCAAUUUCAUCACAUGAUUCCCCUCCCCCACCCAGCGCAGGGAAUGGGGAAGAAGGCGGACAUGUUUGAGGGAAAUGUGCUGGUUAAAAAGUAUCGAGGCGGAAGACAAGAAGAAUAUUUGAAGAAAGGUUUCGCAUUGUUAUGGGAUUUACCAGUCAACAUUUGUAUUUAUUUUAAAUUCAAGGUUUUUAUGUCAUAUCUUUAAUUUUAUUUAAAAUUUCGUUUUUAACCGCAGUCUGCGUUUGAGUUUUUAACAGCGUUAAGUUGUUAGAACUUUUGUAGUAAUGUUGUAUGGAUCCAGUUUUACCUUCUAUGGUUUAUUAGAGUGACAUUGUGGGGAAUUUGUAACCUUGGUGUGGGGGAUGGGCGCAUGUGGUUAGGUAACCAUUUUGUAUGGUUGUUGGAUUUAUAGACUGUCGGUCGCUUUCAAAAGAUUAUUAUGAUGAAGUAUUUUUGAAGAUUUACUAGUUAUGUAAUGCCAUUGUUUAUACUGUUGGUUAAUUCUAUUUUGUAAACUUAUUAAGGCUAGAUAUGGUGUUGCAUCUUCAAAGAAGAUUACUUUUCUUUUCGGUUUCCUAAUACUUUUAAUUAGCUUUGUCAGUCAGAUUGUCUUAUUUAACGUGAGUUAUGCUGGACAAAAGCAGUAUUUACUUUGAUGCAGUCUGAGGUCAGUGAGGAAAACUGCUGUGUCAUUCAGUGGGUCAUUGUCUAUAGUUCUUAUGACCCCGGUGGCAUUUUCUUCCGUCGAAGUAAAUUGUCUACAGACGUGUCGUUAUACACACUUGCAGUUCCAAUUGAAUUGGACUUAACCCUUGUGCGUUACUGGCGUUUGUGAGCCACGAAGGCCUUGGUUGGCUUUGUCCUCUCAAAUGGCGGCCUUUCUUAAGCACCAGACGGACCCUACUUAAUUAUUCUGUUUGUACGCGAAACAUGUAACGUUUUGUAUGUUUUGCUUGAUGUUUUACCGGACAUAUUGAAGAUAUGUCUAUUAUUAUACUCUGUCAGUAUACUUAAAGAUGGCGGCUGUACAGCCCUUCUGAAAGACAGAAAUGCGGACAUGCUGGUAGGCAAAAGAGAGCGCUUGUGGGGUGAGGCUCUCGAGGGUUACACGUGAUUCGGUGGAAGAACCAAUGGGCUUCUUGAUAUUUGCCCUGAAAGCCCGCGUUACAACUAUAUUGACCAAUCCCUGCCGUCGCGUUGCACACGUUGACGCAAUGUAAUAUGAUAAGCAGGGGGGGGGGGGGGUUCGGUGCGCUCGCAUUUUGUACAGGAUUAAAUAGAGGAACCAGUUACAGACGCAUAUCUGUAUUACUGAAUAGGCUCGGCCAAUAAUGUUGUACAAUUUCCUUGACCGACAGCAAAAACAUGCGAAUAGGUUGGCCCGAAAGACUGUCAGUGAAGUUUCUGUUUUUAGGGGUGUGGUGACUUUUACCGACAUGUUAAACAGCGUAUAGAAACUCGGGGGGUGUGGACUGUCUGAAGUAGUCUAUCCAAUAGGACGCUCGGUCGGUCUAUAAAGCCGAGGGUGUAGUCGCAUCGUCGCCAUUUCAACGAAGCAGAUUAAAGGAGUUCGCAGUGACGGGGAGCGGAAAGCUGACGAACUGAGACGAUCCAGGUCUGAGUCUAGCUAUAAACAGAAUCCGGAUCCAUCCUGAUGGAUAUGGCUGUUAACCCGCUCCUUGACAGCUCCCUUCUCGGGGUUGAGGUUGGCAUUAUGGGAGUCACAACGAUGGACCAGAGCUCUGGCACAGCUGGAAAACGCAUCAGAAAACCGUCCCUGCUCUAUGAGGGCUUUGAGAGUCCUGGGAUGCCCCCCCUCAGUCAUAUGGCCCCGUCGGGACCCCCGCAGCCCCUGGUGAGAGACCCCAGCCGACAGGGGAGGAUGACCAACCAACUUCAGUUCCUACAGAAAGUCCUGCUCAAGUCGUUGUGGAGGCACCACUUUGCCUGGCCCUUCCAUGAACCUGUUGAUGCCACAAAGCUCAGCCUGCCUGACUAUCAUAAGAUCAUCAAAACUCCCAUGGACAUGGGCUCUAUUAAGAAGAGACUAGAAAAUAACUUCUACCGCAGUGCCAGUGAGUGUAUGCAGGACUUCAACACCAUGUUUACCAAUUGCUACAUUUAUAACAAGCCUACAGAUGACAUAGUGCUAAUGGCUCAGUCUCUGGAGAAGGCCUUUCUGCAGAAAGUGGCUCAGAUGCCCCAGGAGGAACUCGAGCUGCCUCCCCCCCCUCCGCGAGUCAAACAAGCCAAACUUGGCAGAAAAGGCAGAGUCACCGGAGGAGUGACAACAGCUCAUCAGGUCCCCGCUGUAUCCCAGUCGGCGUACUCGCCCCCCACGCCGGAAACACCCGACUCCAUUCUCUCUACACCCCCUCAGUCACACGUGACCAAGAGCCUGCCCCCCAUUCUAACAACUGAACAAAGCAUCCCUACCCUUUCUGGUCUGCCCCCCACACAGCCCACAGCGAAGAAAAAAGGUGUGAAGAGGAAAGCAGACACUACCACACCAACAACUGUAGCCAUGCCCAUCAUGAGCACCAUGGGAGUCAGCGGCAUCAGCCUGGGGAUGGGCGGUGGGCACGACUCCCCGCUCACCCUCACGUCUCUCGGAGUGGACCACAACUCCACGCUGGGGAUGAACCACAACUCCACGCUGGGGAUGAACCACAACUCCACGCUGGGGAUGAACCACAACCCCACGCUGGGGAUGAACCACAACUCCACACUGGGGAUGAACCACAACUCCACACUGGGGAUGAACCAAGGCCUUAGCCAGGGGAUGGGGAUGGGCAUGGGGAUGGGAAUGGGGAUGGGUUGUGGAACAGUGAUGAUGGGUACCAAAUCAGCGGGGGGCAGGAGAGGCGUGAGUGGCCGAGCCAUCAAACCUCCCAAGAAGGAUUUACCAGAUUCCUUGGUUGCACCACCAGUGCGCCGCAGCAAGCUGAACCCACAGCUCCGCUACUGCAACGGGGUCCUGAAGGAGCUGCUGUCAAAGAAGCAUGCAGCAUAUGCCUGGCCGUUCUACAAGCCCGUUGACGCCUCGUUGCUCGGCCUUCACGACUACCAUGACAUCAUUAAGCAGCCCAUGGACCUCAGUACCAUCAAGCGUAAAAUGGACGGCAGAGAGUAUCGUGACGCCCAGCAGUUCUCUGCUGAUGUUAGAUUGAUGUUCUCAAACUGCUACAAGUACAACCCUCCUGAUCAUGAUGUGGUGGGCAUGGCCAGAAAACUGCAGGAUGUCUUUGAGUUCUGCUUUGCUAAGAUGCCAGACGAGGCUCCAGCGCCACCUAGCUCCUCAUCGUCCUCCUCCUCGUCUUCGUCAUCCUCAGAGAGUGAGCUCAGCAGUGAAAGUGAGGAGAGUGAGAGCAGCCCUAGCUCCGACUCUGAGGAAGAGAGGGCAAACCGACUGGCAGAGCUGCAGGAGCAGCUCAAAGCUGUACACGAGCAGCUCACUGCACUCUCACAAGGCCCCAUUGUCAAACCCAAGAAAAAGAAGGACAAGAAAGACAAGAAAAAGAAGAAGAAGGUAGAAAAAGAGAAGCACCGGAAGAUAGAGGAGGAGGUGACUCCCAUUAGACCGCCCAAGGCUCCCAAGAUUGCCAAGACUCCAAAACCCAAGAGUAACCGAGGAACGGCUGGCCCUGUCGUGCCAGUCAAGAAGGCUCCAAGCAAGAAAAACAACAAGAGCAAAACCAAAAAGGGCGGCAUGACUUUCAGCAUGCCUCAGCCAGUUCACGAUCCCAUUGUGAGUCAUUACGACUCGGAUGAGGAGGAGGAGACGGCGCCCAUGUCGUACGAUGAGAAGCGCCAACUUAGCCUGGACAUCAACAAGCUUCCCGGUGAGAAGCUGGGCCGCGUUGUCUACAUCAUCCAGUCCCGCGAGCCCUCGCUCCGAGACACCAACCCAGAGGAGAUCGAGAUAGACUUUGAAACCCUGAAGCCCUCGACAUUGCGGGAGCUGGAGAGAUAUGUCAUGACGUGUCUGAGGAAGAAGCCUCGUAAGCCAUAUGCAAGUAAAAACAACGUUGCUGGCAAAUCUCGGGAGGAGCUCGCUCUGGAGAAACAACUGGAGCUGGAGAGAAGGCUGAUGGACGUCAGUGGGCAGCUCAACUCUGGGAAGAAGCCUGCGAAGAACAAACCAGAGAAACCAACGACUGAGCAGCAAACGCAGCCGUCGCGUCUCAGCGCCAGCAGCUCCUCCUCAGACUCCUCUUCAUCAUCUUCUUCUUCCUCCUCCUCGGACACAAGCGACUCAGACUCUGGCUGAGAGGCAGGCAGUGUCUCCAUAUAUAAAGGGUCAUGUGAGGGGCCCUGGGUGUUUCACUUCCCAGCGAGCGGACUGAACUGCAGUAAAGUUACUGACGAAGGAGCCGCAGGACGAUCGGACGAGACCAGCACUAGGCAGAACUGGUCCGACUCAACCAGUGUGAAACCGAGAGAGAGAGAGAGAUGGCGCUCAUUCAUCCAAUCCUGUCCUGGACACCGAAAGGUUGUGCAGGGAUGGAAUGGAGGAGACUAGAGUCCUGGCAGUCUCUGGUGAACUGGCCUUGCUGGGCAGAGCGAGGGACGCUCCGCUCCAUCUCCUGCGAAGAUGGGAGGAGAGCGACGCAUGCGUUGGAGGGAGAUGGGUGCUAGAGCCAGAAUCUGUCUUAUUUCUGGAGAUAAUUUCCCUUCUUCCUGUGCUUCCCUGUCUUCAUGCUGUAUAGCUAAGGUGUACAGUUAUAUAAAUAUAUAUUUUUCUUUUAUAAAGAAGCAUUUUAUGGAGUAAUUUAUUCCCUCAUUCUGGGAACUGGUGCGGGCGGAGCUGUGUUUUAGGUUUUGUCUAGGUUCUUUAUUUCUUUUUUUUUCUUCCUAGAGUGACAGAGGGUAGAGGGGAAACGCGAAUGUGAAUGUAUGAAUGUGUCACGUGCACGUUUGCAUGUGCGAGUGUGAAAUCCUCAUAGUUUUGACGCAGGCGUUGAAAAUCAGUCUGCACGCAGAAGCACCUUGGUUCAGUAGAAAGCCCAAUGCAUGCAAUACAGAGGAGGUGACAAACAUCUGCAUACUACUUUACUGCAUCCAUAUGUACUCAUGUACUUGUUUGAAAGGGUUGGCCACUGUACAGAAAUGUGACAUCGGUUUAUACAAACGUGUAUCUGUUCCCAUGUGUGCCGUCUUGUUUAUUUUUUUCCUUCUCAUCCGUUUCAAUUUCUCUGUAAACGUGUUGCUUUUUUUUCUUCUUGUGACCAAUCUGCUAAUAAAUUGUGAGGACGUGUCUUGUCCACUCACCUGUGCCCAAAUAA